AUGUCUAGAGCUUUCUCUACCGCUCGUCAGAAUCUUGCUAAGUGGCUGGGAUAUAACAAGGAGCUACUGCCCCAGCCUUUCGGACAAGCUGUCGACCGUUACGGAUCGAAUGGUGCCGUAAAGAAAGUUGGCAAAAUUGACUCCAUUGAGAUCCUGCAUCGCAAUGACGGCUCUAGCCCUGUUCACCGGUCUCACUUCAACCGCAAGGAUAAGGAGCUGAUUAUAAGUGCCCGAAUUACUCCUGCGGACGGUAGUGGAGCUCGAACUCACCACAUUUAUGCGGACGGUACAGGCACCAUUAAAAAGGGCGACAGACGCGAGUAUUCGACGUCUUCCAAGUUAACCCAUUGA